CCCCCUCGUGCGUAGGCUUCGCUCCUUGGCUCUUGCUGAACUUGAGAUGCUUCAGACCAACUCCACCAUUAAUCCUCCCCUGAAUCCCCAAAUCCUACUCUCAUGCUCUCCUUCAAAUCACUCACCGGCCUUCAUAUCUUCUCGUCCAAAUCCAAAAGCCCCUUCAUUUCUACAUCUCGUUCGCAUACUUCUUCCGUCUCUUGUUCUCUUGGAUCGCGGAAGACGCCCGUCGAGCAUCUAAGAUAUGAAUCCAACAGUGAUUUCUCUUCGCAAAAUGGCGAGGAUUUUGCGGUAAAGAAGGAGUUCAAGGAACCGACGGAGGAAGACGGUAUGCGGGGCGGAGAGGAGAAGAGGAUCCCUGGAAUUUACGUGCCAAGGCAGAAGUACAUCUCUGUUUCCAAGGGGGAGCUUCUUGAUGCCAUCCUUUCUUUGUUUGAAUCAAAGCAGGAUGCCGAAGAUUUCGUUCGCUUCUCAACGUGCUUGGACUCCAUUCUUCAUGCUGAACAUAAAGGUUUGUUGGAGGAAAUGCGAACUUACUACUCACUAAUGUGUUCAGAAGAACAGAAGGCAGGCAUUCGAUGCUCUUCCAUCAGGUUAGAGGAAGCCAUAAAUAGUAAGCAGCAUUUAGCUUCAGAUAGUUCUAAUGGAACUAGAAAUAGAGAGGAAAACAGUAGUUGCAAAAGUGAUGAAAAACCACUAUACUUUCCUAACGGCUUGGACCCAAGAAGCCUAUUUGGAUCAUUUCAUGGGACAGCUGCAACAAAUUCUGUUUUGGAGUCAAGAGUUGCUGCUGUUGCAACUCAAUUCCAGCGGUCUUUUAUGAAACUUCUAUGUGAUGCUCAAUUUGAAGAACUAUCAGUACAAGAUUUGCUGUUGACAGAUGCAUUGAACAAUGACUAUCUCUUGACAUUGCCAAUCUAUGUUGAUUGGAAAAAGGCUUCGGAGUCCAAUGCAAUAAUAUUCAGGCGUGGGUAUGCAACUGAGAGGCAGAAGGGUUUACUAAUUGUUGAAAAACUAGAUUAUCUACAGUCAAAGCUUUUGCAGAAAAUAUUUUUUAGUCUAUCAAGGCCGCUGAAAAAAAUUGGAUGCUGGCUCAAUGAGGUGCUAAAAAGUUUGAAUGAAGCACAAGAUAUGCAACUCUGGAUUGAGAAAGUGAAGAAUUGGCUCAAGGAACAAUAUUUACCAGAGAGUGCUGGGCUUCAUGGUGAAAAUAUGUCUAAAAAUCAAUUUGAAUAUGAUCAGAUAGCAGAUGGUGACCUUCCUAUUUGGCUUGCUGCACAAAGGGCAGUCUCUCGUUAUGAAGGGUUUUUAUCACCUGCUGGGCCCCGUGGGAGACUUAUAAGAAGAUUGCUUACCUGGACUGGAUUGAUUCCUUCACUGCCAGAGGCAUCAAUAGACUUGGAUGAUGAUGAUAAAUAUUUAGAAACUUACUUGAGGCCAAACUUUCUGCCAAGAAUAACUCUUGGCAACAUAUGGGAACCUGCUAUGGUGGAAUCAUGUGGGCAUAAUGUCUGGAAAAGGUUAAAGACUGCUGUUUCUAUUCUAUUUUCCAGGUCGACUCUACAGGAGCCAGCUUUUCAAGAAUUGAUUCUGCUUUAUACUGAUCAGACAAGCCAAACUAAAUCUGAAGAUAAAGCAGAGAUUUUGCCCUUGCAAUUGAAGAUAUACCAGAGAAUACCUCUUCCCGAUCUUCCAGUUAUUUUCCCUCACAAAAAGCUGUCUUUCCGGAUUUUAGAUACGGUGCGAUUGGAUGUUGCAACUAUGCUGGGAUUAUUGGCAUACUUUGUUAAUUACAAAUUUGAGAACAUUCUCUCAUCUCCGUCUGCAGUUUUUCUUGAUGUGAUUGCUGUCAGUACACUAAUAAUAUACAUUAGUCGGGUAGUGCUGGGUUAUAAGCAAACCUGGGAUCGGUAUCAGCUUCUGGUGAAUAGGGCUCUUUAUGAGAAAACUUUAGCAAGUGGCUUCGGUUCGGUUCACUUUCUUCUAGAUGCUUCUGAACAGCAACAAUACAAGGAAGCCAUUUUGGUGUAUGCACUUCUACUCCAUCCGGGUAAGUAUCAGGUGUCAUGCCGUAAAAGCAUGAAGGAUGCAUGCGAAAGGUUUAUGUAUGAUAAGUUUAAGGAAAAGAUUGAAAUGCCUAUUGACAAGGCUGUUAAUACACUGCUGAGGUUGGAGCUUGUGACUGAGUUUCCUCUAGAAAGGAGCCUUCAAUUGGAAGCUCUUCCAUGUUCAGAGGCAUGUGAAACCCUCAGAAAACGCUGGGAUGGUUUGCUAAAAUAGAGGAUAUGACAUGCGCUUCCUAAUCUUUCUUACAGAUCAGGCUGGUAUUCUUCUUCGCAUCAAUCAGCUGUGGGAUUCUCUACCACUGCUUUGAAAGCCGUGAAUGUUGCUUGGUCCAAUGCUAAGAGCAAAUAUUGCUUGCCUGCGGCCAUUAGCUUGAAUCACUUAGGCCUCAUUUGGAGAAGCUGUUGGCAGUAGAGCUUUCUGAAGUUUAGCUUUUAUAAAAAGCUAUUUGCUGUUUAGUAACUACAUUUCUAAAGUGCUGUAGCACUUUAACAUGUAUUUGAUAAACAAACUGAGAAAGUACUUUUGUAUGACUAAAUUACCAUAAAAGACAUUGUGGAGUAUUAUACA